AUGAAAUAUUUUAGCAGCUGGAGAGGUGAAAAUAAAGAAAAUACACACGCGCUGUACGAUAAAGAUACACCCGAAAAUAAAAGAGAAAUCAGCAAGAACGAUCACAAAAUAAGUACAGAUAAGGAAACAGACUGCGGGUGCACUCAAGAUGAGAAUCCGUGCAGCGAAGAGUAUUUGGCAGCGUAUAAGUGCUAUUUAUUGCACUCAAAAGAGAUUGGUAAGUGCACAAAAGAGAUAGAGAGAAUGAAAGAGUGCCAGAAGAGGAAUAGCACAGUUCUAUCAAGAAUACUGAAGUUUUUUAUUAAAUAA